AUGCAUCCCACUGUCGCCCGCGAGCUGGCGAAGCUCGACCCCGCGGUCCCUUUCCGCGCAUCCUCCGACCACCUGCAUCACACCUGGGCCAAGACCUUCUUCUCUCGACCGGAGCUUUACAUUCGCCCUCAAUCCAUCCCGGAGAUCCAGCAAUUGGUGACUCUCGCCCGCCGCUGUCGCCGUCGUCUCGUCACCGUCGGCAGCGGCCACUCGCCCUCCGACCUCACCUGCACCUCGUCCUGGCUCGUCAACCUCGAUGACUUCAACCGUAUUCUGCACGUCGAUCCCGAUACCCACGCUGUCACUGUCGAGGCCGGCAUUCGAUUGAGUGGACUGGGGGCUCGACUCGAGAAGGAGUAUGGGCUGACACUGGCAAACCUGGGGAGCAUCGAUAGUCAGUCAAUAGCUGGUGUUAUCGCGACGGGGACACAUGGCAGUUCGCUCCGACACGGCCUGCUCUCGGAGUGCAUCGAGUCCUUGAGCCUGGUCUUGCCAAAUGGACAACUCGUGCGCUGCAGCGCGUUCAACAACCCGUCUCUCUUCCGCGCCGCCUUGGUGUCUCUGGGAGCACUCGGAAUCGUCGUAGAGGUGACCUUCAAGGCUCGGCCGUCAUUCAAUAUUGCCUGGCGCCAGGAGCGAUACUCGUUGUCCCAGGUGCUGAAGGAAUGGUCCAACGGACUGUGGAACUCACACGAAUUCGUGCGUGUCUGGUGGCUUCCGUAUGAGAAGGGAGCGAUCGUCUGGCGAGCCGACAAGACCGACCAGCCGCUGCGCGAACCGCCGAGCAACUUCUACGGCGACUGGCUCGGGUAUCACAUCUACCGCAACCUGUUGGCGCUGUCGUCUUACUUCCCACGUAUCCUUCCGUGGGUGGAAUGGUUUGUUUUUGGAAUGCAAUAUGGAUUCCGGGCAGGAUCAAUUGUCACCGAGGCAGUUGAGCCCGCCCGCACUGGUCUGCUGAUGAACUGUCUAUAUUCGCAAUUCGUUAAUGAAUGGGCGCUGCCCCUCGAGGAGGGUCCCGAGGCCAUUAGCCGUCUGUCGGCGUGGCUGCAUGGGGACAUGAAGACCGCGCGCAUCCCCUUUUCCUCCAAGGGCCUGUGGGUGCAUUGCCCCGUCGAGGUGCGAGUGUCAGACUCGACGGCGAACACGAAUUUACGCCCUUUCCUCGACCCGACCUGCCACAACGGGCCCACGCUCUACUUGAAUGCAACACUCUAUCGCCCUUACCUUCGCGACCCGCCGUGCCGACGACGGUACUAUGAAGCGUUCGAGUGGCUCAUGCGGGACAUGGGCGCCCGACCUCACUGGGCGAAAAACUUCAACGUCCUUGACUCCACCGAGCUUCAUGACCUGUACGGCGAGGACAUGGAUGAAUGGUUGGCGGUGCGGCAGGAGGUCGACCCCGAGGGCAUGUUCCUCGGUGAAUGGCACCAACGAAAUCUUCCCCUGGUCGACAAGUCUCAGACUCCUGACCGAGGCGAUCGCCUGCCUCUGCUGGAACGCGAGAGCGAACGUCGCCGCCUGCGCAUCAGCGGCGCUGGUGACGGCAUCGAGUGGGUUGGUGAUCGCCGAUGGGAGAAUCACUCCGAAUUCGGCACAAACGAGAAGGAAGACGAACCGACCCACGACGCCUCCGUGUCCAGUCCCACCACCGCCACGAGCGAAGAGAGCUUUGAUUUGCUUGCAAAGGGUGAAGCGAGCAUCUUGCUCCCCGAUGCCAAACCCGCGUGA